AGUGGCCAGAAGGAGGAGGUGAACUCGGCGUGUCUCCUGACUGGAGCCAGAUUGACUAACAUCACCAACGCCCAUAAAGUGGAAACAUCCAGGAAAUGAAGCGACUUUCUACCAGAGACGCCGCGUCGUCCCGUUAAUUCAGCGAGACCCGCAGCAGCAGCAGCCCGCAGACUCCCUUCCUCCUCUCGGAUGUGCAGCAUCCACCGCUCCAGUUAGACGCUAUUUCAACCGUUUGGCACUAACCCGGUUCGGUUCUGAUUUUCCACUGACUUCUGUCCGGCUGAACGAUGGCUACUCAGAUCGAUAAAGAGGCUUGCAGAGAAGCUUAUAACCAAGUUAGAGACGAUAACACGGAAACCAGCUGGGCUGCAUUCAAAUAUGAGGGCUCCAAAAUCGUGCCUGCAGGACUGGGGACUGACUAUGAGGACUUCAAGAAGCUGUGUACAGAUGAUGGACGUCUGUUCGGUUUUGUCCGAUUUACGACGGGAGACGCUCUGAGCAAGCGGGCCAAGUUCACCCUCAUCACCUGGAUUGGCGAAAAUGUCAGCGGACUGCAGCGUGCCAAGAUUAGCACCGAUAAGACGCUCGUCAAGGACGUUGUGCAGAACUUUGCCAAGGAGUUCAUGAUCAGUGAUCCGCGGGAACUGGAAGAAGAAUACCUUCGCAUGGAGCUGAAGAAGGCCGGUGGAGCCAACUAUGAUGCUCAGGCCGAGUAGAGAAGUCCCACGGUCCAAUGGAAAGGUCUGGGUCGGGGGAACUAGGCACGGUUGGACUGUGUGGUCUGAAAGGGGGUGGGGAGAGUUGGGGCGGGGCUGCUACCUCUCAGGAAAGGAGUGAGGGGGAAUGGAAAGAGCACAUGACCACUAAAUAUUUUUACACCACUUGAUGGGCCUGUUAAUGAAAUCUCAUGAGAUCCUACAGAAAAUGUUGUUUGUUUGCUUCGUGUUGUCUGACGGGUGCUUAUAUCCUCACUUUUAAAGUGUUUGUAAAUGGAACUUCCUGUCAUCUUUCCUGAUUUACUAGAUAUGAGGCGAAACAUCUUAAUGAACCAAAAUAAUAAAAAGUCUUUGUUUUUUAACAUCGAUUACUGUGACAUGCAUGACCAGAAAUCAGCCAGCGCCAGAUUGUGUUGCUAAAAGAAGAGUUUUUACUUUUUCCCUGGAAAAUCUAGGAUUAGUAGGACUGCUCACCCUUCUUUAGGAGCUGAAAACUGGCCUAACUUAUUUCAUUUUGGCCCAAAAAACGAAAAUUAGGGAAACCACUCUGGAACUUCAAUUUAACAGUACAAUAUUGUACUGUUAAACGAUUAACAAGCACUUCUCCACAUGUAAAUUUAAAAUGGAGACUAACAUUGUUGGCUAAAAAGGCUGGCAGGUACUACAGUAAAUUUUGAGAAAGAUGCAAAGGAUAGUUCACAUUAUUAGUGUUUAGGGUUCUUUGAGCUGCUUAUUAGUGGUUAUUAUCUUAAUUGAAGAAGAUGAAUGUUUGAAUGUCUUCAGAUUGAGAGAAAGAGUUUUUCUCUGAAAGCCUCAUUGAAAGCAGAUCUAUGGCAAACAUGACAGAUGUACAGAUUUCUAAAACUGCAUGUUGUGCGAGUUGUUUUAAAAUCUUUAGCCAUUAGCUUUAACCUCUGGGGGAAACUAAGCUGUUUAGCAAGAUAUUAACUGCUCAUUGCCGCCCUGCAGAAUGCCGUUUUAAAACAAACCUGAACCAGAACUUCUUCAACAGUUGGGUUCAUUGCAUGUUAAUCAUAGUGUAUACAGAAACAAUAAGACGUUUGAAGAGUCAGAUCUGUGUGACCGCCGGUUCUCUCCAGCCUCCCAAAUACUGAAAAGCAGGUUUUAUAAGCACCCUGAAGACACCCGACUCUGCCCUCUCCACUGUCCACUCAUGGUCGGUUCUGUACUGUGCUAAGAUUUAUCAUCUCACUCUCAUGGUCAUCUCAGCUGGGCCGCAGCCGCUGCUGGAGGAACCCAGUAGAUUUGUUUGAAGCCAACAUGCUCUCAGUCAUGACAAACUGUACUGCUGUGAAGAACAGAUCUCCAGUUUUAGCUUCAAACUCUGCUAGCUGCUAGUUGUCAGCUUUCUUUCAUCCUCAAAGACAAACGAUAAGGAUGUGGAUGUGUUGCCACAGAGACCAACAGCUGAUUCUGAACCUGUAGCAAAACUUCAGGACAGAUUUUGAAAAUGGAGAUCUUUUCUUCUGGUGCAACAUCUCACCUGCGUACAUGCAUACUGUGACCCACUGUCUUUGACUGCCUUAGUCUCCCAUGGAGAGAGAGACAUCAUGGGAUAUUAUGGACACUACACUGUGAUUGGCUGUCCUCAUCGAGGCGCAGGAGGUGGGUCCAGACCCAUCAUUCAAAUCUAAGGAGGAGCAGCUUCUCAGUUGUUGUAUCUCAUUUUAUUUUUGUUUCAACCCUCCCUUCCUCCCAAAAAAAUAAAGAAAAUGAUUCAUU